AGUACAAAAGAGUACAGAAAAAGAAGGCGACGAAACAGGCAGCAAAAAGCAAGAAAAAUCGACGCCGCACGUACCGGGAGCAUUUAAAGUAAUUUCUGUGGAUUAAUUUUACUAAGAAAAGGAUUUAAUAUUUAAAAACACAAUGACUGAACGCGAGAACAAUGUCUACAAGGCUAAAUUGGCCGAACAGGCUGAGCGCUACGAUGAAAUGGUUGAGGCCAUGAAGAAGGUCGCUUCCAUGGACGUUGAACUGACCGUGGAGGAGCGCAAUUUGCUAUCUGUGGCAUACAAGAAUGUUAUUGGAGCUCGUCGUGCUUCAUGGCGUAUUAUCACCUCUAUUGAACAGAAAGAGGAGAACAAGGGUGCCGAGGAGAAAUUGGAAAUGAUCAAAACCUACCGGGGUCAAGUGGAGAAGGAGCUGCGUGACAUUUGUUCGGAUAUAUUGAAUGUGUUGGAGAAACAUCUCAUUCCAUGCGCCACAUCGGGCGAAAGUAAAGUAUUCUACUAUAAGAUGAAGGGAGAUUAUCAUCGCUAUUUGGCCGAAUUCGCCACUGGAUCCGAUCGUAAGGAUGCGGCAGAGAACUCACUGAUUGCCUACAAGGCUGCCAGUGAUAUUGCCAUGAAUGAUCUGCCACCAACACAUCCCAUCCGUUUGGGACUGGCAUUGAACUUCUCGGUAUUCUACUAUGAGAUUCUCAACUCGCCGGAUCGUGCUUGCCGCUUGGCGAAAGCCGCCUUCGAUGAUGCCAUUGCCGAGUUGGAUACACUGAGCGAAGAGAGCUACAAAGACUCGACACUCAUUAUGCAGCUGCUGCGAGACAACCUCACAUUAUGGACGUCUGAUAUGCAGGCAGAAGAUACAGAUCCCAAUGCAGGUGAUGGCGAGCCGAAGGGAGAAAUCCAGGAUGUUGAGGAUCAGGAUGUGUCGUAAUUUAAGUAAACCCCCGCCCUUCCAUUUAAACAACAAACACAAAAAUAAUAACAAGAGAAAACGAAAAAAAAAAACAACACAUUAUAUACCUUCUAAAGUAAAUAUAAUACCAUAUAAUAUGUAUGCAUUACAAACACGACAACAACAACAGAAGAAGAUCACCCAGGAUUAUCAGCUGCAUGGCGGAAACUGACCAACAAUCAAAAACAACACUUAGCACAAAACCAGGACACCGACACCGAUUGAGGAUAUCGUUCAAAUGAGAAGGAUAAUAAUAUUGUAGCCUGUGGCGGAAAGUUUUUUAGCUGAUUGUCUGAGAAACUGGCUGAGACUUCUGUCCUCCCAUUCCCGUCAUCUCCUUCUCCUCCUGCCCCGCAACAACCAGCAACAUCUCCUCCUUCUCCUGCAAAGCCGCCUACUCAAAAAUAAAUACUACUACAACUACAAGAAGAACUUCUUCUCUCUCCAUCAUCCUUCAAACAGCAACAACAACAACAAGCAACUGUACUACAUUUUGAAAUUUUUUUGCAUUCGAGAAAGAAAAUCAAGCAUUAUAUUAUAUUUAAAUAAAUAUUAUAUUUAAUUACGAGAAGCAAAAAACAAAAUGAAAAAAUAACAUAAAAAAAACGAAAGAAAGAAAACUUCAUUUUUACACUCAACCAACACACAAACACACAUCUCCCCCUCUAACCUUCACACACACACACACACUCAUUAAAAUCCAAAUUGAAACUCAAAUCGAAACAAGAAAUCAAAUAUAUAAAGAUAAAUUUCAUUUUUAAAACUAUAAAACAAAACAAGAAAAAGAAAAUACAAGCAGCAGCAACAACACACUUUAAUUUUAAGUACGAAAAAGAGAA